AUCCAGAAAGUGUGUAUCUUCAGGUGAAAGAUAUUAUUUUAAAAACUUAGUGGAAUUUUAUGUCAUGAUGAAUUCAUAGUAAAGAUUAAAUAAUAACAAAUGACAAAAGUUGUUUUUUGAAAAUGUAUUCUGGGUUUUAGAGCAAGGAUUUUCUUUCUCUGCUUCUGACCAAAACAUGAAGAAAAAUCCAGAAAAGUCCGGAAAAACCAGUUCAUGCCAUUAAUUGGAAGUAUACCUUUUCUCUGAAGUUGGAACUGAAUCUGACUAGCUCCUCUGAAGGCUUAAAAGUUAGGAGCACAAUUUUAGAAAUGAGAAAUUAUUUUGAAUGUUUUCCCUUUUUUGCUGUAUCUUUUAGGUGCUAGAUAGAACUUGCUGUGUUGAAUUGAAUUAAAUUGAAACAUGCCUAUUAAAAAAUAAUCACCCCUGGCUUGAGAACUAAAGUUCAUUUGGAAACCAGAAUGAUCCUGGCCUGGUUUUAAUGUAUGAAAACUCUCCAAACCACCUUGGCUAGAACCUAGUAUUGUAAGACCAGGCUGUAAAACGUGACGGCUGGGGACUCUCCCCAGUGGUGGGAAUCUGCUGGUAUUUCUCAGCAAAUCAAACCCAUGGUAACAGUAUGACUAAAUACAUAGAGAAGCUAGAAGAGAUUAAAAAAAAUUAUAGGUACAAAAAAGAUGAGCUUUUCAAGAGACUAAAAGUUACAACUUUUGCCCAGCUGGUCAUCCAAGUUGCCUCCCUAUCUGAUCAAACACUGGAAGUGACAGUUGAGGAGAUUCAACGGCUAGAAGACAAUGAUUCUUCAACUUCACACCCUGAUGCUGAAAUCACUGCCAGGACCAACGGGAAAGGGAGCCCUGGGGGGCAGUCGCCCAGCCCCCUGCAGUUCAUGAAUAGUGUGGGAGCAGGGGACUCCAGUCGCUCAACUCUUCAGAGCGUCAUCAGCGGUGUUGGGGAACUGGAUCUAGACAAAGGGCUAGUGAAGAAGGCUGAGCCGGACAGCAGAGACAAACCAUAUCCCGACUGCCCCUUCCUGCUGCUAGAUGUGCGAGACAGAGACUCCUACCAGCAGUGCCACAUUGUCGGAGCUUACAGUUACCCAAUUGCAACUCUGUCUAGAACAAUGAACCCUUAUUCAAAUGAUAUUCUUGAAUAUAAAAAUGCCCACGGCAAGAUCAUCAUUCUGUACGACGACGAUGAGAGACUGGCCAGCCAGGCGGCCACCACCAUGUGCGAGCGCGGAUUUGAAAACCUCUUCAUGCUCUCCGGAGGUCUGAAAGUCUUAUCUCAGAAAUUCCCGGAAGGACUGAUUACAGGUUCCCUGCCAGCAUCUUGCCAGCAGGCCCUUCCUCCUGGUUCUGCCCGGAAAAGAUCCAGCCCCAAAGUGCCACCCUCACCAGCUGAAAAUAAAUGGAGAUUUACCCCAGAAGACUUAAAAAAGAUAGAAUAUUACCUGGAAGAGGAUCAGGGUCCUACAGACAAUCCUAGCCGGCUGAGCCAGGCUAACGCCUGUGGAAGAGCCUCCAAGGUUCCAGGGGCGCACAGCGGACCACAUCUGCCCGCCGGGAGCCCCAGCGGCCCCGCGAACGCCCGUGCACCGGGCAGUGGCCGCCUGCAAGGCAAGCCCUGGAAGUAACGACUUUGUCAGUCUAAGACAAAUAAAUGUGUUUCCGCCUUUCGGAACCUCUGAGCAGUUCCCACACUGGUCAUUUUCAGGAACUGCUGCAGAGGCAAGCCCAAGACCUGCGUGAUAGGCCCUCUUCCUGUCUCCAGCGCCUCUUGCACACCACUCGGCAAGGAGUUUUACUAAAACCAGAGGCAUGACAGGCUCUAGCGCCCUCCCUAUUGUUUACAGAAUAUUUAAGUCUCUGAAACUGAGUAGGCAAAAAAGAGUCUAAUUUUUGUAGGCUGUUUUUUUUUAAACAAAGUUCAGCUUGUUUUGUUCUAUAUCCUGCGUUGUUGUGUAAAUACUUCAGUCACAUCUGGUGUGUUCUUCCCAACCAGCUCCUUUUCACUCGCUGUUCCUGGUUCACCAAGAUUCUCCAGGUGGGCUCUGCAGCCUGAGAGGCUGCCCGGGGCUUCCGACGAGUCCUAGCCUUCAGCCGCCCCCAGCCCCCACCCCCCCACCAGGUGUGGGCCCCCUGGCCGAGGAGCUCUUCUCCCAGCACCCGCUGCAGGCUCUGUUGGGAGUUUGGAGACUGGUACCUUGAGCACAGCUCAAUUUUGCUGCUUUGUAGAGCAGCUCUCACACUUCCCGGUUCUCACACUUGCCUCUCCUCACUAGAUGUUUUCUGGAGGCAGCAUCUGCCAUGAUGUGUGCUCAGCUGCCUUCACACAGGGCCAAGGGCCCCUCCCAGGAAAGCCCUGUCCAUUGUAGAGCCCCGGGCUGAGAGCCACUGAAGCCCCUGGAGCUGUCCCUCACUUAUAGUUGGUUUGUCAAUUGUAAAUUUCCAUUACCCAUCUCCUCCGUUUUUCCAAGAUGGGUAGAAAUUAUGGCCACUUGAAAACAUCGGCUUCAACUGGGCAGCUGCGUGCACACGGGGGAGGACAACUCCAGGGUCCUUUGUCAGAGCUGACAGCCCCUUAAGCUCUGGCUUAAAAAUACAGUAUUAGUCUAAUUGAGUAAUUAGGGCAAUUUCCUGCUUACUUUUCAUUCUCAUGACUGAGCUGUGAUUAGGAGGUUGUGAUUAUAGAUUCUGGUUUGGGCCAGAAUUUUGAAUCAGCAUUAAUUGAAUUGCUAGAUGACUGACAUUCAUUCCAUUUAAUUGGGUGAAAAAAAGACCUCAGGUAAGGAUGAGGAACUCUGAAAUCAUCAGGAAAAGGAAAAAAGCCUUGUUAAUUUUUACGGUCAGUGAUCUGUAGCUGUGAUAAGGGCUAAGGAAUAAAUUGUGCUCUUUGUCAUGGCAACCGGCUUCAGAAAAGCCAACUGAAAAUUGCCUGUCCUUAGGUGGUCACCGCUGCCGCCGCAGGGUAAAAAUUGCCAUAAAAGAACUAUUUUCUCGCCACCAAAAAAAAAAGUACCACAGUAUUUCUAGCAUGGGGACUGUGUUUGUAAGAGAAAUAAAAGUAGUAAAUGUCUCAUAGAGACAUAUGGAAAAAUAACUUUCAGAUUCAGCCUAGCUCUGUUUCAGUGUGUUUAUUCUCCUCUACUUGAUUUCCAAAGUGCAACAUAUUCCAAUGCUUUAGAAAUCAAACAAACCAGGGACAUUGUUCAGAUGUCAAGCCGUGCCCAGUUCUCCGCAAGAUUCAAGAAUCUUGUAUAAAAUCCAGCCAAUGUACACAUAGCUUUAAUGAGGAGCCUGUCAUGUUUCCCCAUAAAUUUAUUGCCUGAGAACUUAGUUCAGCUUUUUGCUGAUGCCAAAAUGCUCUGGCUUUUUAUUUUCUUUACAGCAUAGAUUUUUUUCUGGGUGCAAAUUUUUCCACACUCAACUUUCCCCUAGCAUGGACAAGAUUUCAGCCAUUUUUGACACAUACACAUUUUUAAGAAAAAAAAAUGUCUUUCUUAACAAAGUUCUGGUUAUGCCAUUUUAAAGUUGACUGGUCAGGAGUUCAGAUUUCUCCUCUCCAUACUAUUUUUGAAAGUAAAUGGUAGUCCCCCUUUAUUCUAUUCUACAUUGUCAUCAUCAAACAACACCAGUGGUUAGAAACUACUGCAUAUAUGUGGAAAGUCAGUUUAGUAGACAUGUUAGAAGUGAAGUGAAGUGCUGUGCAUUUAUUUGGCUGAGAGAUCUGACAGGUUGAAUUUACAUAUGUUUCUCCAUAGUGCUGUGCCCUGUUGGUAAUAAUUUUAAAUAAUUACUCUUCAAAGACCUGUUCUGAUUCUGCACUUUGUGCAUUAAAUGUCCCGCUCAGUUUUUAUAUGCUCAAGGUAUUGCUUUGAAUGUUCUGCCUUACUAGUUUCUUCAUUAGCCUAAUUGACAUGUAUUAUUUAAGUGACUGAGAUACUCUGUGCAAUUAUGAGUGUUGAAAAUUAAAAUACAUAGUUAUUA